CCAAUCACCAAUUCCUUCUGCAAAAGCAGCCUCUGCAUUUUUUUGUCUGUCUGAAUGCUACAGCAGCACGGGGGGAAAAAGAUUGAGGAUAAGGCAAAAACUGAAGAAAUGUGACAAUUCAACGGUCAUUUUCAUGGCGAAGGGAAAACUGGUGCGAAAGGAGUUAUUCUGGGACUCCUUUGAGCCUCGAAACGCUGGAUCAAAAUGCUCAUAGUGGAGAAGACCACAGACUUCCCCUCUGCUGAGUUCUCUCUGGUAGAGGAUGUGGCUCUGCACUUCACCUGUUUGAUGGACAGGUUGAACGAGCAGCGCCUCUUCCAGCCUGACCUGUGUGACGUCGACAUCGUUCUGGUGCGUCAGCACAGCACCUUCCCGGCCCACAAGGGCGUGCUGGCAGCCUACAGCCCUUUCUUCCACUCUCUUUUUGCCCAAAGCAAACAGCUGCGGCGGGUGGACCUGUCACUGGACGCCCUUACCUCGCAGGGCCUGCAGCAAAUCCUCAACUUCAUUUACACCUCCAAACUGCUGGUGAGCAGCCGCACCGUCCGCGACGUGCUCAACGCCGCUACCCUGCUGCAGAUGAGCGACAUCGCAGCCUCCUGCCGCGACCUCAUCAGCAGCCACUCGCUGAGAACCACGUGCGCAGAUAUGGCCAAUCAGGAAGGGCUUGGUAGCGGUGACCCAACUGCCGUAGCGAUGCCCCCCAGCCAGCUGUACCCGGAGAUCAAACAGGAGUCAGAGCUGGGCAGGGUGUACAAGAGAGAAGGCAGCAGCCCAUUCUCUGUUAGAGUGGAGGAGGCCGGCAAGACGACCUCCCAGCAGAAGCAGUAUUACCAGGAAGAGGAUGGGUCAGGGGGUGGAGCUAGCACGGGUGUGGCUGCUUUAUGCAAAGUUGAAAGCAAUGGGGAGUCGAAGACUGCAGAUGGCCACAACUCCUUCAACAGAGACCAGAUCAUUGUUGAAGUCAACCUAAAUAACCAGACCCUAAACGUGUCAAAGGGAUCAGAGGGCAAAUCAGCAACCGCCACAGAGACAGCCACCAUCUUCGGUCACUGCCAUGACAACGAGAGAGACUCAGAGGACGACGAGGAGAACGAGGCCGAGAAUGACGACACAGUUGGAGAAGAUGAUGAUGAUGACCUGAGGAGGGGGGACAUGCUGGGGCAGAGCAGCGAGGAGGAAGAUGAGGAGGAAGAUGAGGAAGAGGAGGAGAACACCCUAAACAUUCCAGGUUUGGAGCAGCCGGCAAUGAUGGAUCGACCCCGCCGGGGAACCAGAGCCUUUGCCAUGGCGGGUACAACUGCCUCCAUGCGGCAGACACUCACAGAGGCCACGCUGGCCAACCAGCGACAGGGCGGGAAGAGGACGCUGGACGCAGAGGGCCUGGGCCAGAAAGUGAGGCUAGAGGAGAAGCAACAUUUCUCAUGUAAGAAAUGCCCUCGCGUCUUCAACAACCGCUGGUACCUGGAAAAACACAUGAACGUCACUCACAACCGCAUGCAGAUCUGCAAUAACUGUGGGAAACGCUUCCUGCUGGAGAGCGAGCUGCUGCUGCACCAACAGACCGACUGUGAGAAGAGCAUCCAGUGUGUAACAUGUGGCAAGGCCUUCAAAAAGCUGUGGUCGUUACACGAGCACAACAAGAUCGUCCAUGGCUACGCCGAGAAGAAGUUCUCCUGCGAGAUCUGUGAGAAGAAGUUUUACACCAUGGCUCAUGUCAGGAAGCACAUGGUCGCCCACACGAAGGACAUGCCGUUCACCUGUGAGACGUGCGGGAAGUCAUUCAAGCGCAGCAUGUCCCUGAAGGUUCACUCUCUGCAGCACUCGGGAGAGAAACCCUUCAAGUGUGAGAACUGCAGCGAGCGCUUCCAGUACAAAUACCAGCUGCGUUCCCACAUGAGUAUCCACAUCGGACACAAGCAGUUCAUGUGCCAGUGGUGCGGAAAGGACUUUAACAUGAAGCAGUACUUUGAUGAACACAUGAAGACACACACUGGAGAGAAGCCGUACAUCUGUGAGAUCUGUGGGAAGAGCUUCACGAGCCGGCCCAACAUGAAGCGCCACCGCCGCACCCACACCGGGGAGAAGCCCUACCCCUGUGAGGUGUGCGGCCAGCGCUUCCGCUUCUCCAACAUGCUCAAGGCCCACAGGGAGAAAUGCUUCCGCGUCAGCAACCCCAUGGUCGCCGACAGUAACAACCCCCUCGGCCUCGAACAGCCUCUGGCCUCGCCCGCCGUGGACUCUUCCGGUCAGGUGCAGCUGGGGGCGACACUCCCCGCCACGUCUGUGACCACACCCGCUGCUGCCUCUAGCCCACACCCCCUCCAUGGAACCCAGCUGUCUCUCCCCCUGCUGCACUCCAUGGGGGGGCUGCCUCCCACCACUCAUUUACCCCCACCGCCUCCUCUGUUCUCUGCCGGUAGGAUGAACUCCAACAACUAACAAAUCUCCGUAGCAUCGAAAGCACUUUUGUUACUUUUUGUUUUGUUUUUCUUAGAGCUUUUAAGAGGACUCCUGCAGCAGGAGAGCGAUGCACCUCAGUGACAUUUACAUUGAGGGGAAAAACUGACUGAAGGCUACAUGGAGGCCUCAUGAAAAAAAACAACACACACACACAUACAACUACCACAAUAAGAAAUAGUUAUUUUUUACUCUGUUAAAUACAAUAGAUAACCUCAGAGUCCAGUAGGACGUGUUGUCACCACGCUUCUCCUCAUGAAUUUCACAACUCUGUUCUGGUUUCAUUUGGGAUUUUCCACUACCACACACAUCUCUCUCCAGAGCCUUGCACAAUGCAUUGAUUGUAGCAUCUUUUACAAAGUGGGAGGAAGAGGUUUCCUAAAUCUUCGCUCAUACUAGGGGUCAUCGGUCGAGUGAGAACCACACUAUGGUGAGAAAAAAAAUGUUUUAUUUUUGGUCGUUCUCUGCCAAUAUGUAGCGAGUGGUUCUGGUUUGACCCAGCAAUAACCAAAUGCUGAUUUGUCUUUGAGCAUAUACAUGUAUAUGGCAUUGCCAAUAACCAAAUCCUGUAAGCUCACCCGCUAUAGUUAGAAAAUGUUAUUCAGCAUUUAUAAUCGAUCCUGCACCUUACAUUUAACUCUAGUGAUAUUUAAAAUGUACUCCUAAUUGUCUUCAUUUUUAUAAUUGUUGUAGUGUGUAAUUCGUGGCACGUUACGUCAUUUUGUCUGGACGUAAGAGAAGUUGUGACGCGUGGAGAGUCAACCGUGCAAUGCAGUGUGGUGUUUGUGACUGUGUGUGCGUGUGUGUGUGUGUGUGUGUGUGUGUGUGUGUGUGUGUGUGUGUGUGAGCGCGUGUGAGCGCGUGUGAGACGUGAAGCAGAGACGGGAGAUGAGGAUUUUCAGAUCUACGUUAACGUCAAUGCUUGAGCUUCCCCUGAGUCAGGAGUCGGAGUAAUUUGUUGACUCUCAUCUUUUGCUUACAUUAAGCAAGCACGCUCCUCUCCUGUAGAUCUGGCUUUGAGACAAUAUCGCACUUUUCUGUGACUUGUUAGUAAAACCCUAAUGUACCCAGACCUACGGUAUAUGUGUAGGUUUUAAAAAUCUAAUGUUAAUGUUAACUUACAGCUCAUUUUCCAACUAAAACCCGAUCUAUGUAAUUAGUUACCAAGAGUGUAGGGAUAAUAAUAUUCACAAAAACCUGCUUAUGUAGCUCAUUAAGUGUGCACACUUCAUCAAGAUGUAUAUUGUGAAAUGAUAAACAUUAUAUUCCAAUGCCUAAAUCUCUCAAAGAGCACUGACAGUGAUUACUUUUGGCACAACAGAGCGGAUCACUAAAAGGGCUCCUUAUGAUAACAUCACUAUUAUAAACUAGUCCGUUUCUUAUAACGGUGAUCUGUAGAAGCUCAAAGUUAGAGACAUGCAGUAUGUAAUACAGAGCGUGUGGCUCUACACGCACUGUUAGCGGUUGUUCGACGUGACCCGACCGGAGGAGAACUGAAAGAAUCCGUGUCAGUAAAAAGUUCUUCUCUUGAAGGAAUAUCUUGACAUUUUGGGGAAAAUGCACUUAUUCGAUGUCUUGCCGAGCGUUAGAUGAGAAGAUUGAUGAAUUAAUACAUUUGAAGCUAGCGGCUGGUUAGUUUAGCUUAGAAUAAAGACUGGAAAUGGAAGGAAACGGCUAGCAUGCCUCUGUCUGAAGGUUAGAAAAAGUCAUCUACCAGCACCUAAAUCUCUUUAAUUAAUACGUUUAAAUCUUGUUUGUUUUAUUCGAGUAAAAACCGAAGUUUAAAAACAAUAAUUUAUCGUUUUUACUGGGUGUUAUAACGCUUUGGAGGAGCCCAAUAAUGAACUGUUUCCAAUCUUUAUGCUAAGCUAAGCUAAACCAGCCGACUGUAUAUUCAUAUUAAAUGGACAGAUAUGACAGAAGUGAGAAUUUUCUAAUCUUCUUCCCAAAAUAUCCAAAUAUUCCUUUAAAAUCUGACAUUUCAAUCAGUUAAUUAUCCAAAAAGAGUCUCUGUGCACUGUCGAUGCACUCCUGCUCACUUUAUCUAUAGAUAGCCGACUCGUAGUGUAGCAUUAACCUGUAAAUAUUGUUAAGAUGUGUUUCUUCCUCGUGAUUAAUUCCUCAUGUUUACAUUUGGAGAGUCAGUUGAAUGUGCCCCCCACAUGUGUCUUGGCUGGUACUACAGAAAGUUUGAAUUUGUGGAUAAGCUUUUGUAAGUGUAAUAAGCUGUUCAUUGUUUUAUUUAAAAGACACAUUUUAAGCACCUUAGUGUUGUCUUAUGUCUUAGUUCGCCCCAGUUACAUGUGUUUCUUAAACUGCCACGGUUAAAACAGUUUGGGCCACGUCAGAUGCUAUUUGAAAAUGGUACUUUUAUCUUUUUUUUUUUUCUUCAUGUGUCUAACACAUGUUUUGUACUUUGUUUUGCUGCUUUUGUACAGGGUCCAGUUUGAGACUGCCCUUUAAAUGAAAAGUCUAGAGCUGUUAAAUUGUUGAAUAUAUUCUGGCUGUGAUGAAUCCAAUUUAGCCUUACUGGACAGUUGAGCUCCAGGGUCAGAAACGAGCUACAAUUUAGAGAUUUGGGGAGCAGUUUGAUGAGGUUACUGCCAACAUUUUAUACCCAUCUAAGGUUUGAUCUGGUCAUUGGUAGAUGGGGGUCGGACUAAAGGCAACCUGUCAGUGUCACACAAACAUAAAGACUGUUGCUCUCUUGUGGUAUCUCAGUAAACUGCACUCUGUUAGCAAUCCUACACUAAAUAAAGAGGAAAGCCCCCCUUACAUUAAAAAUAUUAAAGUAUUUUUCCCACUUCACUGUUUUGAGAAGCACUAGCCCAAGAGACAAUAAUGAGAUACUGUGGUUAUAGCUUGUGUAUUCGCCUUAUACUUGGAGGGAUUUGAAGGUUUCUGUGUUAUGGAUGAUGGUAGCUGAGGAGGGAUAGUAGUUAAUACUACUGAUUUAUGCACUUUGAAUUUGAUUGCCACACUAGCCCAUAAUGGGGAACAUGUAUGCAGAUACAAGGUGAAGAGUUAGCUAGCAGAGAUGUGUACUAAUUAUUUCCACUAUUUAAAUCCAAAGGCAUACACUUUACAUUUAAAAUGUAUUGUGUGGAUAUUGAUGCUCAUAAAUGAUUAACAAAAUCUACAAAUUACAGUCAAUUUAUUUGUGUUUUUUGUUCAAAUUUGAUCAGAGUUUGUGGGUAGUAAGUGGCAGACUGACGCCUGACCUGUGUUUUAUUUCCUUCAAUAACUUAUUUGCCGUGUUGUGGCAUCCUGCACACUGAGGAUUAUCUCCGCCGUGAGGAGUCAGUGCAGCUAAACUGGUGUUUCUGUGUUUCAGUCUGCCUGUUUUACAAGUAUUUGUGACUCUCCCAUGAGGGUUUCUGAUUGGUUGGUAAUGUCCGAUUACUGACAUACUCAAGAGAAAUUAGUUUUAGCGUACCGGUUUCCGCCUAUGAGCUUUUAAAAUGUGACUGUUAUAUAUUUCAGGCCGUGAGAAAAUGUAAAGGAAGGUGUCAGUUGCCAAAUUAAGUAAUGAGAAAGAUAUUAAUUAUUUGAGCACUUUAUACUCCAGUUCAGCUGCAGGGUUUGAAGGCUGAUACAGUUGCAGUUAUUUGCUGACGGCAGGUGUUUUUUUUUUUUUUUCCAUGGCAUAAAAUUAUAAGAAAUUUCAAAAAUGCAGUCUCGGCCAGAAAUGUGUUCUUGGCAGGUGUUCAGUCCUCUGAAACAACAUUUUGUUUAGACCAAAGGUUUGUUCAGACCCUGCAGAAAUAAGUCCUUCUGUAUGUACCUGCUUGGAAAUAUUAUACUGGGAUCUACUUAAGUUACAGGCUUCCUAACCAGUUCUGUAGUAAUUAAUUGCUGUUAUGAUAAAUCAAACUGUAUCAUAUUGAUCAUUGUGGAGGGGAAGGACACAGAGCAGAUGAUCUGAUGCCAAAAAUGUAUCAAAUUACUUGGUGAAUUGUAAAAAACUAUAUAAAAUAUAUCUGUUUUACCCCUCUUAUAUCACUAUAUAAUAUACUGUAUAUAAUUCAUGACACAGCAUUUGGAGAAAGUAUAGAGAGCGAUUUGGCUACAAAAGUCUAAAUCUGACCUAGAAAGUAAAAUUGAAAUGUUAAUCCUUUUGUCUUGGAUUAUUUAGUGAACAAAUCUUACCUGAAACAAUCUGCAAACAAGACUGAACCCACGUCUGUGACAAAGCAACACUUAAUCAAGCUGUACAUUGAAAAUGUACCGAAUGAAAGAGAGACAUUUAUGAGCCCCAAAAUAACAUAAAAAAAUAUAUAACAAGUCAUUUUUUAAAGUGUAAUCUUUUUUUAAUCUAAUGGCGGGAACUUCAUGUAAAGGUAAAUGGCAGUAAAGUUGAGAUUCUAGAAACUGAGAAGAGAAAUUUUGCACAAUGUUUAAGAGUCCUAUAUUAUAGGCAAGGCUUUAUGUCUUUUAAUUAGCCAAAUUCUCCUUUUACUAAGGCUAGCAGCCAAAGGCUUGUAUUAGAUUAGGCAAAGCAGGACCUGCCCUUGUCCUUAAUCGAGGGUUUGUCAGUGACUGAGUGGGUGCCUAGACACCACAGUGACUGUGCAUUCUGCAUUGCACCCAAGUAAAAUGUUUGUCACAUAAUGAAGCAUUGAACGUUGCAGUUGGUACAAAGCAGAAAGUGCUCAUGGGAUUGCCAAGUUGGGUCUCUACUGGGACUUCUAGUUUCGGGUUUAGCUGCUUGAGGCAAAGUAUAUAUCCAAAAGGAUUGGAUUGUGUGGCCUUCAGCUUCAAGAAAAGUGUUGGGAAUUUUAUUGGCGAUAUUGGAGAGAAAGAAUUGUAUGUCUGUAAGAAUUUAAAGAAAUGUGUUACUUUUUUGAAAAAGAAAAAAGUCUCUCUCUCUCUCUCUCUCUUUUUUUUUAUAAUGUCAUUUAUUUUUUUUAUCUACCUAUAUUGUGGGUGGAAACUUAUGGAGACCCAAAACUGACAAAAGCUCAGUUAAUAAAAUUGUUAGUUAAGUUAUGAAAAUGGAGAUUAAAUAGUAGAGGUACAACAAUUAGUCAGUUAGUUAGAAAAUUAAUAUAACUACUUUGAUCAAUUAAUCUUUUUUUUUUUUAAAUAGAAUGUAGGUUUCAGCUUCUCAAAUCUGAAUUAUUUCUGGUUCCCUUCUAGUACAGUGCAAAAGAAAUAGACUAUUUUAACUUUUAUCACAUUCUUUGGAAAACAAUGUGUCCGUUUUGAUUGAGUUGAUUAAGUUAACUGGAUUUCUCUGUUAGACUGUUGGUCGGACAAAAUACAUUUAGACAGUUUUCUGACAUUUUAUAGACAAAUGAUGCAACCAGCUGGUACAAAAAAACUACUUUUAGUGUUUUAGUUUAGUUUGUUUGGAAAAAAAAGAGACAAUAAAUCUAAAAAUAAAAAUUCAAUUUUCAUAAGUUACCAUAUUAUUUAGUGUAUGUUUUGACACUAAUCUUCAUUUUGUCAGUUUUGGGCUCCAUAGAAAGUAGAAUAUAAAAUUGGAAAACAAGUGUUUGGUGGUUAUUUUGUAUGUGAAAGUUUGGUUUGCUGUUAUAUUACAUUUGUUCGAUGGUGACUUCUCCCCUUUUUUGGGCAAAAAUAAAUGUGAUAAUAAAGAUAGGCACCAAUGCCAUAGUCAAUUCAAGGAAGUUUUAUUCACAUACCCUCUGCAUUUCCCAUACUUACUCAUACUGCAGUUGUGUUAAAGAAAUCAUAAUGUGUACUGUUCUUUGCUGAUUCUCUACCUUGUAAUGUAAACACUAUGUCUUAGUUAACUCUGGUGUACAAAGACCAUGUGUAGGCAGUAGUUGUCAAGUUCAGCUAUAUUAAAAUACUUAAAACCGUACAAGGCCAAUAGUGUCUAGAGGUGCUAAUAACAUUAGACUGUAUUUUCUGUCUUUUAUUGUAUUAUUGACUAGUGUUUACUGUCUGUAACACAGCAGAGCGUAAUGAAAUCAUUUCAAUAUUAAACAGUAUAGAUAUAUUAUUGCAAA